AUGGCCCCCAGAACUAAGAACAUGCAUCACAAUAAGAAAGAUACCAAAGGAGUCAUUGCACUGUGCAACAUGCACUCUCAAGGAAAGAAGCUGCAAGGCACUGACACAGCUGAAGCCACACCAGCCACAUCAGCUGGCCAAGCACCCCCUGCAAUGCCUUUGAUUGUAACAGAUGAAGACAUGCAGGAUGAGGAAGAGAUGCAGUGCCAGCUAUGUACUGAGGAGGGUGAUGAGAUCAGCAAGCUGAGGGUAGAUGGAGAGGUUGAUGGAGAGGCAGAUGGACAGCACAGUGGCAUGAAGCCUGAAGCAGGGAAUGAUGGACCCACAAAUGAGGGUGAGGACAAAACCCCAGAGCCGGCACAGCUGCAGCUGCAGUUGGGAGAUCAGCAGCUGCCCCAGGAAUUGCCCACAGCAUCUCUUGAUGUGCAUCAGCAACUGUGUCCCGGUAUCCCCACUACCACUGCCUGUGACCUUACUCUGUUGCUGGACAACAGUUUACAGCAUGAAGAAGUAGGAUCCAUGGAUGAGAAUGCCCACCUCUUGUCAUGCCUGGAGCUGGAGCUGCCCAACCAGAAAGUCCUGCCAGGCUACACAGCCCAGGCAGAAGAAGUCGAUGAAAUAGACCUGGACAAGAAGGGGUUAGGAGAAGUACAGGAGUUCAAUGACAUGGAGCAUGAGGAAGAAAGGGCAGAGAUGCAAAUCAAAGUUGAUGAAAUUGAAAAGGACAAAAUGCUUGCUGGCAGUUACUCAGAUCAUCAAGCUUUUUCCCAGGACUUCAAUUCUCAAGAUGCAGGGGAGGAGGCAGCUCUCUUCAACAUGCUUGGGUACCUAAAUCAGCAUGCUGCUGCAUAUGUGGCUACUGCUUUCAUGCCUGCCACAACUCUGCUCCACUCUCCUGCCACACCCAGUGCUGCAGCUGCUCCCACUGUAGCUGCUCCUGUGGUAGCUGCUCCUGCCGUAGCUGCUCCUACUGUUGCCACCAUGACCCUCACUGCAUCUCCUCCAACUGCUGUCAUGCAAUCCAACCAAACAACAAUUGCAACCAAUGCCCUCUUGCUUGUACCAGCUGAGGCCAAUGCAGCUGUCAUCCCACAGACAACCCCUCCCACAACAGUUGCACCCACAACCUCAGCAGCAGUAGACUCCAUAUGGGAGACAAUCUGGCCAUCAACAGCUGCACCUCCAGCCAGGACCAUUGCACCAGGUACCUAUGUUCAGUCCCAUCCACCAAUCCCUGCACUCAAUGAUCCGCACAAGUGCCUCCUUGCAGUGAAGCAUAGGCUGGAGCAAGACAGGACAGAGUUCACUGUGCAUGCACCAGGUGAACCCAGAUGUCCCUCCCUGCAGGAGGUUGAGGACCUAGGACUAUUCACAAUGAUGGUUGCAAAGCUCUCCAAUUUCCUCCAGCACCACUAUGCAAUGUCCCCAGCAUGCCUUGCUGAGGCCCUGCCACAUCAUAUUUGCACUGCUGCAGCAGUCCCUCUCUCAAAGAGUGCCAAUGCAUGGAAUGAUUGGCAAGCCUGCUGCAUGGAGCAGCACCCGCAUUGGGAUGGUCCCCAUGUGAAGAGCGAAUGGGCAAACUUGAAGCAGUGUUUGCCUGAGAAUGCUGCCCAUGCUGCUGCAGCACAUCAUACUGAAAUCAACAGUGAUGCUUGUGCUGAAGAGCUGGACAUUUCAUGCAUGGCACAAUUUGGAAUCAACAAAGUCAUGUUCUUGGUCUCUCGGAAUUCAGACAAUGGGCCCCAAUAUGCAUGUUUCAUCUCAUCCAAAGAUACUGCUGGUUUCUUUGACUGUGAUGCAAUGCCUGGUGGAGCACAGAAAGCCAUGGAUCUCCAGUCAUUUGUAAAAGUCCUCACUUCUGUGAAGGAGAGUUAUUACCACUCUCUCUCACUGUUGUCUCUACCAGAUUAUGAUCCUGUUUACUUCAACCUCCCACCUGGCUAUAUCCCCUGGGCUGCCUCUGUUGAAUGCACACAGGUGCAGCCUGCUUCUCUGCAGGAGCUGCCCACACUGAUGCUGCAGCCUAUGUGUGUGCUGCAGCCACCAUGCAUGCUGCAGCACCCCAGCUCACUGGAACCCACUGAGAUGCUGCAGCACAUGAACAUGCUGCAGCCUACUGCUACAGGGUAUUUGCUGUUGCUGGCAAUGGAUGCCAGCAACCCUCAGCUGGGAGGACACUCUAUGGAACCUUGCUUGCUGCUUGUUGCACAAUGUCCAGCCCUUGUUGAUCAGGAUGACCCCAACAGUACACCCAACACACUUGUGCAGUCCUUGCCACAGGGAUCCAAUGUGUUGCAAGCCCCAUCUGCCUUGCUGCUGUGCUUGCAGCAGGCUUGCAAGAACAAGGGCAACACAGAGUCUGGUGCUGAUAGUGAGCUCCCACUACCCACCAGCUACUAUGAUCUCCCAGAGAAUGUGCAAAAUGGCCUGUCAAAGGCAAAGUUUGACAAGACACCCUUCUCCAACCACAAAGCUUAUCAGUGGACAUGGAGGGAGCUAUUGCAGAUGAAUCAGGAUGUUGUUAGGAUCACUGUAGUCAUGGAGAUCUGCAACUACAUGUGCUCUUUUGGCAUUUUGAAAGUUGACCCCAAUGCCAAGCUGCAGCUCAACUCUUGGAUGCUGGUGCCAUUUACAAAAGGUGCCUACAGAACCAGCACACCUGUCUUUGAGUGUUUCAUUCCCCCACCCCAGAAUGCUGUAGAGAGCACAGACAUCAUCAUGAUCCCUAUGCUGUAUUAUGACAAGAAACUUGAAGCCACUGUUGAUCUUGUGAAGGCUUGUAAAGACAGCUUCAAACAGUCCAGCAAAGAAGAGAUGGAUACUGGGGAUGCUGAAUCGGACCAUGAGGAGGUGCAGUCACUCCACCCAUCUGAUUAUGCUAUGGACAAGGAUGAAGAGAAAUCUGACCAUCCCCCUCCACCACCAAAAGCCAAGAAGACAGGAGGUGGGCCAAAGAUGGUUCCUGUGGUUGAACUGCUGAUUUCUCAUGGACCAGCAAACACAUCCAGGAAGCCCUCCUACAAAGGCAAGGGUCCAUCCUUUGCAAACAUGACAUUGGAGCAAAUGAAGGCACUUUUCCCUGCAGCAGUGGCAGUGCUUACCAGUGCAGAACUACAGGCAGCCUCAAAAGACCUCAUACAGCAGGCAAUGAAGGCAUGGAGUGCUGAGGUCAGCAAAGGUGUCAUGAACACCUUGAGGCAGUACAAGGAGGAUGAGCCCAAACAUUUGCAGGAGGUGGAGUGCAAGGAGAAGGAGGCAAAGCAUCACCUUGUAGAACAGCUGGACAACAUCUGGUAG